AAAUCACUNUUUUUUGUCGAAAAAUCCCACCUACUCAUGGCACACGCCUUCUCGAUUUCUUGUACGCCAAACAUUUCCUCCGGCAGCAGAACAUACUUCAAAAACCCACCACACAAAUUCCCACUCUUCUCAUCCACCGCCCUACGAAUCCCCAAAUCGCCCUUCAAAAACCUCUCCUCUCAAACCGCCCACAAACCACAAAAACAUGUAAAAGCCACAGCCCAAGAAGCCCGUCCCCAGCCCGGGCCCGGACCAAAACGCGUCAUGGUCAUUGGCGGUGAUGGCUACUGCGGUUGGGCCACGUCCCUCCACCUGUCCAGCAAAAAUUACGAAAUCGCCAUCGUCGACAAUCUCGUCCGCCGCCUUUUCGACCACCAGCUCGGGCUCGACUCACUAACACCAAUUUCUUCCAUCCAUAACCGAAUCCGGCGGUGGAAGUCCCUCACCGGAAAAGAACUCCAACUCUACGUCGGCGACAUAUGCGAUUUCGAUUUCCUAUCAGGGGCAUUUCAGUCAUUUCAGCCAGACGCCAUCGUCCACUUCGGCGAACAGCGUUCUGCCCCUUACUCGAUGAUCGACCGUUCGAGGGCAAUUUUCACGCAACAAAACAACGUCAUAGGAACAUUAAACGUGCUCUUUGCGAUUAAGGAAUUCGGGGAGGAUUGCCACUUGGUGAAGCUGGGGACUAUGGGUGAGUACGGGACUCCGAAUAUAGAUAUCGAGGAGGGUUAUAUUACGAUAGUUCAUAACGGGAGGAAAGAUACUUUGCCUUACCCAAAGCAAGCGGGCUCGUUUUAUCACUUGAGUAAGGUGCAUGAUUCGCAUAAUAUUGCUUUCACGUGCCGUGCGUGGGGUUUAAGGGCCACGGAUUUGAACCAAGGGGUGGUGUAUGGGGUGAGGACAAACGAGACGGCAUUGCAUGACGAGCUUUGCAAUAGGUUGGAUUAUGAUGGGGUGUUUGGGACUGCUUUGAACCGGUUUUGCGUGCAGGCUGCAGUUGGGCACCCGCUUACGGUUUAUGGGAAAGGAGGGCAGACAAGGGGCUAUCUCGACAUAAGAGACACUGUCCAGUGUGUGGAGCUGGCCAUUGCAAAUCCAGCUCAGAGGGGAGAAUUUCGGGUUUUCAACCAGUUCACGGAGCAAUUCUCUGUCAACGAGCUGGCAGCCCUCGUCACUAAAGCGGGUAAGAAGCUCGGGCUUGACGUGAAGACAAUAUCGGUGCCCAACCCUAGGGUUGAGGCUGAGGAGCAUUACUAUAACGCCAAACACACUAAACUCGUGGAAUUGGGCCUACAGCCCCACCUUUUAUCGGACUCACUUCUCGACUCUUUGCUUAAUUUUGCGAUUCAGUAUAAGGAUCGAGUCGACACUAAGCAGAUAAUGCCGAGUGUUUCGUGGAGAGAUAUUGGCGUGAAGCCCAAGACUGUUGCGGCUUGAAAUGAGUCGAGUUUUUUUGUGUUUGUGUUCUUGGUGAUAGCUGUUAAGUGUGUUGUUGUGGAAGUUUUUCUUCAGGAGGGUCUGUUCUUAACUUUUGGUAGUAUUAUGCAUGUCACUUGGAAGAGAAAAGCACUCGCUGUUGGGUAGUUUUGUGAGGAGCUUAGACUAGCCUGGCUGUAUAAUGUAAAACUAUUAU